AUGUCUCAGGCCUCGCCGGACGCAACACAUGUAGCCCAGUCGGUGGAGUCUACGAAUAAGGCACGAUCUACGUCCGGCCAAAAAGAGUUUCAGCGGGCGUACAAGGCUUGCAUUCCAUGUCGAAAACGGAAGGCCAAAUGUGAUGUUCCAGAUGCUGGCCCACCGUGUCAACGGUGUCGCAGGGAGUUAAGAGAAUGUAUUUUCAGUGACGAGAGGUCCUGGACGAAAAAACGCAAACGGGAUGAAAUAAAUGAAGAAGUGACGGACGCGGCAAACAGGGAAUCAGAUGAUAUUACAGGCGUGCGGUUUCAUCUCAGCCCAGAAAUCCAUGAUUCUCACACCGGGACCGCAACAGUAUCUCGACCUGCAGCAUCUGCACGAAUCAACGAGGAUGCUACUUCCUUUAGGAAAUCAGUCAUGAGAACUGUUGUGUCCAACAGUAAAGAUGCCCUUGACAUUUUAUUUCAGGCGGCAGAACACCCAAAUAGUCGUACGGACGAAGGUCAGUCAGAGGACGAGACCUCUGCCACCAAUGUGCAGACCACUACAUAUCAGACUCCUACUGCGAGUCUUUCUACCUUUCCCUUCACACAUUCAUUGGUAACAACGCGGUCCAGCCCCGAAGUUCUGAAGACCUGGAAUGCUUGUCGUUUCGUCCGCAUGGGUCUCUUCUCAGCAGAAGAGGCUUUGACCUAUGUAGAGCUGUUCUUCAGACACAUGCACCCGCUAUCGCCCAUUUUGACCGACUUCUACGCAAAUCAUGAAAAUCAUCCCAUUCUAGUCACAGAGGAACCCGUUCUCUGCACCACUAUCUUGAUGAUUUCCUCUCGCUACAACGUACUCGAGGGCUCAGGAGGUGCAUCGAGGAGCUAUUUCAUCCAUCACAGGCUCUGGGAGCAUCUGCAACAUCUGCUUAUGAAAAUCACUCUGGGUCAAGAAAAAGGCAAGUAUCCACGGACUAGGAAUGUCGGCUCUAUCGAAGCUCUACUUCUUAUCGUGGAAUGGCACCCUCGUAUCUUACACUUCCCGCCUGCUAUCGACGGGUGGGAUGCUGAUCUUGUACCCCCGGAGCUCGAUACUAACGUUGUAGAACCUACACCUAAGGUACCCUGCGAAGACCUUGCUGCCUCCAAUAAAUGGCUUCAUGACGUCAUUGAGUCUGUCAGACGAUCGGAUCGAAUGUCAUGGAUGCUUCUUGGGACAGCACUCACUCUAGCUCACGAGCGUGGGGUGUUUGAUGAUGAGAAGAAGCUUGCAAUAGGGAAAGACCAGCCUCAAGCAUAUACAGAAAGAACAACAACUCGAUUCCUGCGAACGAAGAAACUGCUCUAUGUGUACACAGAACAGUUAUCGUCCCGUCUUGGACACACCUCAAUGGUGCCACAAGGCCUGAACCAAACUGUGCAGGGUCGCCGGUCAGGGGCUUCUAAAAGUGGCGAUGAAUGGCAGGCUUUCAUGACAGCCUGGAUCGAUCUAACGAAAUUACUCAAAUCGGUUUCGGACAUGUUUUUCCCAUCUCCAGUCUAUACAAAACAGAUUCUGAGCAAUGGGAAAUAUAUUUCACUAUUGGAACACUUUCAGCCAUUAUUGGACCAGUGGAGAUCCAAGCAUUUGGAAAACCAAACUUUCAGUCAUUGCUUUUUGGAGACCCUCAACAUUGAAUUCCAAUACGUCAAGGUCUAUAUGAACUCACUUGGGAUGCAAGCUGUUGUAGAGCGCACAAUGACAGAAGCUGAGUCAGGCUCUGCACAAGCCGAUGCAUCUGACUACGAAUUCGUCCAAGAGGUAGUAGAUGGUAGUUGCGAGAUUCUAGAGCGAAUCAUAAGUCUCGCCGAAUCAGGUUCAUUACGCUAUGCUCCAGUCAGAGUCUUCCUACGGAUCACGUCCAGUUCUAUCUUCCUCAUAAAGGGGCUCAGUUUAGGCGUGUGGAACACGAAACUCCAGAGCAGUCUGGGUGUUAUAAGUCGAGCCAUCCAGAGUAUGCGUGCAAGUUCUCUCGAUGAUAUGCAUCUGGCGUCACGAUACGCCACGCUACUUGAGUUGCACCUCACAAGACUCCGACGCAGCUUCAAGGUGUCGUCUCGUCCUCCCAAAUUUUACAGUCGCCCACAAUCAGCGGAAAGGACAGUCAACAAUGACUGGAAUACAACACAGACAGACGAUGAUAUGGGCGUGGUUCAAAUACCGUCCAUGCAGCCGGAUCUGACGGACAUGACUUUGAGGGACGACUGGCUGACUUUGCCUUUUGAUACCAAUAUACCGCCGUUCAGCCUUGACGGCCUGCAGUCAUUUCCAAGACUUGAUGACGGCACGUUGGAUUUCAUUUGGAACUUCCCUACUUAA